UUAGAAAACAAAAGUGUACUAUAUACGAAAUUAUGUGUAAAAUGUGAAAAAAAAAUUUUUUAAACAUUAAAUAAAGUAGAUUUGACAUAAAUUUUGCUUUUAGAACAAAUAUUGUUUCAUACAGAAUUAUUUGAAUUUGGGUAUGAAUGCAUUAAAUUUUAAGUCGGAUAGAUUUGUGGUGAAAUAAAUUAUACUCGUUGAUAAAAGUUUACACAAUUUCGUCGUCAAAAUUGAUACGUGCCCUCGUCGGACCAAUUUGUGGUUAUAUUACGCGUAUUUUAGAUAAAAUGCUUGUACCCUCUCAGGCCAUGGAUCAAGUAAACGGUUCCGCAGAUGCUAAUACAUCAACAGUAGAGAAAAUGUUUCGUUUGGAAGAUCUACCAAUGCUUUGUCAAACUCAUUGUAGAAUUAAAGACCGACAGAAAGUGGAGCUUAUAAUUAACGAAUUCAUAUAUGGUGGUCCAAACCGCUUGCAACUUGUGUCCGAUUUCGAUUUUACAAUAACAAAACAACGUACCAAUGAUGGUACACCAGUUUUGUCCAGUUUUGGCAUAUUUAAUGCCUGCAAGUCGUUGCCGGCAAAUUUCAUUGAAGAGUCCAAACGGUUGUAUAAAAAAUAUCGCCCUAUCGAAAUCGAUCCACAUUUGCCGACAGAUGAAAAAAUUAAGCACAUGAUUGACUGGUGGUCCAAAUCCAGCGAUUUACUCAUUGGUGUGCCAUUUGACGCGGAAGAGAUCGAUCAUGUUGCUGUGAAAUUUAAAGACUCUUUGCGUGACCAUUCACAUGAACUAUUUGCAACACUUAAUCGACUCGAUAUACCCGUAUUGGUGUUUUCAGCAGGCCUUGGCGACUCAGUUGUGUCAGUUUUAAAACAAGCGAAUAUUUUAUAUCCAAAUGUUAAAGUUGUGUCAAAUUUCCUGCAAUAUAGCGCAAAUGGUUUAUUGGAUGGUCUUUCCCAGCCAAUGAUACACACUUUUAAUAAAAACGAAACUGCCUUACAAGACAGUGAAUAUUAUGAUUUAGUACAUAGUCGUGACCACAUCAUUGUUAUGGGUGAUUCUCUAGGGGACUCAGAAAUGGCAGCCGGUGUUCCUGCUUCAUCACAUAUUAUUAAAAUCGGAUUUCUGUUUGAUCAUGUUGAAGACAAUUUGGAAAAAUACAUGAAUGUAUUCGAUAUUGUUUUGGUAGAUGAUCAGACAAUGGAUGUGCCCCGAGCGUUGCUAACGCUUAUUGAGGAACAACAUAAAUUUGAUGUAAAAAAAGAGAAUAACUAAAAUAAAGGAAGUAAUUUCUUUUACAGUUAUUUUUUAACUGCCAAUUGACGCUUGUGGAAAUCGACGAUCUACGCUUACAAGUAUAUAAAGCAUAAAUGUUUUGUUAAUUAAAGAUUAUUUAGUGUAUAACGGACUUAAUCUUUUUUGGAAAUAAACUUGUUAUUCUAGCA